AUGCUGUCCGUCUGGCUCGUGGCCAUCGGAACGAUCCUCCAGCUGGCGUCCGGCUCCAUCGUUCCGCCACUGUUUGACUACGACAGCCUGACGCAAUGUCGCCAGGAUCACUCCGCCGCGGCCGUUUUCUGCUACGUGAAGGUGAUCACCAAGAUCGACGAUCCGUUCCGCAGCGCGCCCGACGUCAACGGUACCCGCGUGGUGCAGCAAUUUAGGCGCAAUCUGCUGGAUCACGCCAUCUGUGUGCAGGACUGUGAGCGGGAAGUGGCUGCAUUGAGUGAGGAGGAUCGGGAUCGCCUUUACUGCGAGGAGUUUCCGGUUGAAUUUAGACAUAUCUUCAGCACGUCGCAUUGGCAAGAACAGCUUGAACCCUACCAGAAAAAGUACAGCAAGUUGAUCAACAUUUGCGUGAAUAAUCGUUUGGAGCAACGUUACAAUCUGGCAUACCAUGGAUACUCGAAGAUCGAGUAUUGUUUUGAUAACAAAUCUGCAACGGAUACCUACGAUGUCCUGAAGCUGACCUUCAUCGCAAUUGUCUCGGCACUUCUCGUAACAUGGUUGUACGCCAAUUUGUGUGAUCUUUUCGUCAAAAACAGAAAAAACACCAUAGUCUCUUCAUUUUCUCUACGUCGAACAUGGGCCACCUUCACGGAAGAGUCCAAAUCGGACCUGUACAAGGACUUUGCCUACAUUGACGGACUGCGGGUGGUCAUCAACUUUAUCAUCCUGUACGGACACUGCGUGAUCGUGCCCACCAAUAUGCCCGUUGACAAUCCGGAAGAUCUCGAGCAGUAUUCGACGGAGGUUGCAACCCGGUAUCUGACCACGAUGUUCGCCUUUCCGGUGCAAAUUUUCUUCACCAUAAGCGGAUUGCUGCUGAUGGUCAACUUUUUGAGGGAUGUCAACCGCAAACCUAACCUGGAAGCGGGCUACUUUCGGUCGAAGAUUGUGAACCGGUUGAUUCGACUGCUGCCGGUGUACUACUUUUUCCUGUUGGCGGCCACCGUCGCGGCGAUCCUUCCGGGAGUGGAGUUGGGAUUGUUGGGAUACACGGUGCUAGUUCGGGAACAGCAAAUAUGCCGAUCCAAUUGGUGGACCAACGUGCUGAUGAUCAACAAUCUACCGUUCUACGAGGAUCAGUGUUUCUGCCAUGGGUGGUAUCUUGGUGCCGACUUGCAACUAUUUUUGCUGGGACUGUUGAUGCUGUGGGCGAUCUGGAAGUUUCCAAGGGCAGCCAAGGUUCUAUUUUGGGGUCUGGGAGUAGUUUCGAUCGUCAUUCCAGCUGUUAUUCUGUACCGAAAUGGAAUCGAAAGCGUAAUGACAACUAGGCAUAGACGAUCAUUCACUAACCAAUCCGUUUUGCAGCUAUACAACCUUAUGCUGAAGAUCGCAACCCCACUGUUCGUCCUUUCAAUCCUUCCCAUCAAUCUGUUCUUCACUCACAACGUCCCCCAGUGGGGAAUCCUGCUCCACUCCAUACUCCAUCGCAACAUGGUCGUAGUCAUGGUCUGCCUGGGCUACAUCAAGUGCUUCCAAUCACCGAAAGGUUGGUUCCGGCGCUUCCUCAGCUCUCGAAUCAUGACCACCGCGGGCAAGCUGUGCUACAGCUCUUACGUGCUGCACACCCUGCUGAUUCGGUAUAUCGUCAACAGCUCACCAGCUCUGCUGCACUUUUCGGCGGGUGAUGUGACCGUCCUAACCUUGGCCACCGUUGGACUGUCCUAUGUGGUCAGUGUUCCGGUUUAUCUGACCAUUGAGCAACCUAUUAGUACGGUGCUCAAGAACUGGUACGCUAGGAGUAAGAAGCCGAAAGAAGAUUAA